AUCAGUGCGCACUGUACACUUACACACUUCUGCGUCUUUUCUGCCUGUCGGAAGGUCGAACGACGCAACAUAGCCUGGAAAGAACUCGAUUACUGUGGUAACAACAUAUCCCGAUCUCUUAGAAAGGUCUUGAAUGAGCAGAAUGAGCUCCGCCGGGUUGGAGAAGCUGCGGAUGACGGGCGCGGGGAGAGCCAUCGCCGUACUGACCAGCGGUGGAGACGCGCAAGGUAUGAAUGCUGCUGUGCGUGCUGUGACACGAAUGGGCAUUUAUGUGGGAGCCAAAGUUUACCUGGUUUAUGAGGGUUAUCAAGGGCUGGUGGAUGGAGGAGAUAAUAUUAAACUGGCCAACUGGCAAAGCGUCACCAAUAUAAUUCAACUGGGCGGCACAGUGAUUGGUAGUGCCCGCUGUAAGGCCUUCACCACGCGUGAGGGGCGUUUAGCUGCUGCAUUUAACCUGGUCAAACGUGGCAUCUGUAAUCUGUGUGUUUGCGGAGGUGAUGGCAGCCUGACGGGGGCGAAUAUCUUCCGCUCUGAGUGGAGUGGACUGCUCGCUGAACUGGCGAAGAAAGGUCGGAUCUCAGUAGAGAUGGCGAAGCAGCACGGUCAUCUAAACAUCGUGGGUCUGGUGGGUUCUAUUGAUAAUGACUUCUGUGGAACAGACAUGACCAUCGGCGCUGACUCCGCCCUCAAUCGCAUCACUGAGAUCAUUGACGCCAUCACAACCACAGCUACAAGCCAUCAGCGCACAUUUGUGCUAGAAGUCAUGGGUCGCCACUGCGGGUAUCUGGCACUGGUUUCAGCUCUGGCGUCUGGAGCUGAUUGGCUGUUUAUUCCAGAAGCUCCUCCUGAAGAAGGCUGGGAAGAACUCAUGUGCGCUCGACUGGGAGAGAGUCGCAGUAAAGGAUGCAGACUGAACAUCAUCAUCAUUGCUGAGGGAGCGAUCAACAGUAGUGGCGAGCCGAUCACCUCCAACUACGUCAAAGAUCUGGUUGUGGCAAGGCUGGGUUAUGACACCCGGGUGACCGUACUGGGUCACGUCCAAAGAGGAGGAACACCAUCGGCCUUUGACAGAGUGCUCAGCAGUAAAAUGGGCGUGGAGGCUGUGGUGGCCCUAUUGGAGGCGGGGCCAGACACGCCCGCCUGUGUGAUUGGCCUAUCAGGAAAUCAGGCUGUACGGCUCCCUCUGAUGGAGGCGGUGGAGUUGACUAAAGAGGUGCAGAGAGCCAUGAAUGAAAAAAGGUUUGAAGAAGCCAUACAGUUACGGGGCAGGAGUUUUGAGAAUAACUGGAGCAUUUACAAGUUGUUGGCCUAUCAAAAGCCUGCUCAAGUCCAGAGCGGUCAUUCCAUGGCGAUUCUGAAUGUAGGAGCUCCGGCCGCUGGCAUGAACGCUGCAGUGCGAUCAGCGGUUAGGGUCGGACUCGCCACGGGACACCGCGUUUACAUCGUUAACGAUGGAUUUGAGGGUCUGGCUAACGGAAUGGUCAAUGAAGUCUCAUGGAAUCAGGUGGCCGGUUGGACAGGGCAGGGCGGCUCUCUGCUGGGAACUAAAAGAACACUUCCGAGCUCCUGCAUGGAGAAACUAGUGGCAAAUCUCAACAAGUUUAGUAUCCAGUCGCUGCUUGUUGUUGGUGGUUUUGAGGCUUAUGAGGGGAUAUUGGAGUUGGUUGACGCUAGGGGGCACUAUGAUGAAUUGUGUAUUCCCAUGUGUAUCAUCCCAGCCACCAUCAGCAACAACGUGCCGGGCACUGACUUCAGUCUGGGGUCAGAUACUGCGGUCAAUGCUGCGAUGGUUAGCUGUGAUAAGAUCAAGCAGUCAGCCACAGGCACCAAGAGAAGAGUGUUUGUGGUGGAGACAAUGGGAGGAUACUGUGGUUACCUGGCAACUACCACUGGCAUUGCUGUCGGUGCGGAUGCGGCUUAUAUUUUCGAGGAGCCUUUCAACAUCCAUGACCUGAAGACCAAUGUGGAGCAUUUGACAGAGAAGAUGAAGAAGGACAUUCAGAGAGGUCUGGUGUUGAGGAAUGAGAAGUGUCAUGAGCACUACACCACUGAUUUCAUUCACAAACUGUACUCCGCUGAAGGGAAAGGUGUGUUUGACUGCAGAGUCAAUGUCCUGGGACAUCUACAGCAGGGAGGCGUCCCAACACCCUUUGACAGAAACUACGGCACUAAACUGGGCGUUAGAGCUGUAGAGUGGCUGACAGAGAAGAUGGUCAACACUUUUAGACAAGGUCGUGUGUUUGCUAAUACUGCAGACAGUGCUUGUGUGAUCGGCCUGUAUAAGAAGGUUCUGGCUUUUAGUCCUGUGACUGAACUGAAGGACCAGACGGACUUUGAACACAGGAUGCCUAAGGUACAGUGGUGGUUCAAUCUACGUCUCAUGCUGAAGAUGCUGGCCAAGUAUCAGACGUCCUUCAACGAGUAUGUGACAGGACAGAUUGAACAUGUGACUCGUCGCUCUCUUAGUAUAGACACUGGGUUUUAAAAAUGCACUGCAACCAGUUCCCCUUAUUCAGUCCAACUUUACCAAACUGCCAGUCUUCUGUUAAAAUGGGUAAAAAACGCUCCUUUAUUUGUUAGUAAAUAAAGGAGUGCAUGAUGACUUCGAAUUUGUGCCUAAACUGUAUCAUCCCGUGCAGCUUUAGUGAUGUUUUUGGGGCCUGUAUUUGCAAGCUUCCAGACAGCACGUUUACACUGUGGUGCAUUUCGACACGGCAAAAGUUCAUUACAUUAGUAAGUAAAGCUUUAAUAGAUAACACUAUUUAAAACAGUGUUUACAAAAGUGCUUUAUAUAACACAUAAAAAACAGAAAUGUCACAUACGUUGAAAAAAUUAAACAGUAAAAAUGAAAUAAUAGAUUAAAAUCAUAUACUUUUUUUUUUUGAAGAAAUAAUUGUAUUAAAAGCCAAUUAGGAAAGAACUUUCUAUCCUAUCUUUAUAUUUUUUGACACAUUGGCCACCUUAUUUCCCCAUCCAUCUGAAAUAAAUAGAUUUUUACUAACAAAUAUCAUGUUUACAUUUUUUUUGGCCAUUUUAUUUAUGUAUUUUAAUAACAUCUGACCAUUACAUCAAAGCCAGCUUAUGCUGUUCUCAGAUCUAAUUUAAAUGGUUUGUUUCUAGUCAUAUGUAUACACAGCUGUAGUAACUAACUUGGGCUUAAUUAUUUUGCUAUUUUAAAAUAACCCAUGCAAAAUCAGUUAUUGUAAAAAACAAAAAAAAAAAUAAGAAUAAAUAUUAGUCAAUUUGUAGCCAGUUUUAAACUAUUGAUUUCUGUUGUUGAAAAUAAAGUAGGAACUAAAUAAAUUGACCUAAGAUAUUCACCAAUUAUAUAUAUAAAUAAUUAUAUAUAUAAAUAAAUAAUUAAAAAUAAUUCUUUCAAUUAUGUUAUUAUUUUAAAAUAAUCCAUGCAAAGUAAAUUUUCAUUGUUCAAUUUUUACUGUCACUUUUUAUUGUCAAUUUUGACCAAUUGAUUUCUGUUGAAAAUAAACUGGGAAAUAAAUAAAUUCA